CAUUUGAUCCCACAAUAGCAAGCGUUGAUCCCCUCCUCCCUCACCCAAAUUUUGUACACAUAAAAAAAAGUUUUAACAUAAGUACAGACAUCAACUGCACAUUUGCUUCCUUCCGAUUUUCCUUCCUCUUUCCAAUAAACGAAAAAAAUCAACGAAACAGUACAGUCGUCAGUUCCAAACAGAAUCGUUGCCAAAAGAAGGUUGGUUUCCCGAACCAUCUUCAGUUUACUUUUAGCCGUUUCUCAACUCAACUCUACGUUUUGUCUUAACUGGGAACGAAAAAUCUUAAUAAAGAAGACGGUUAUGCACAUCUAGUGCAAGCUGAAGCUUACUCCUCCAUAUUAUUCCAUAGAGUCAAAUUGUUUUAAAAGGUGGUUGAGAGCAGAAAAACGAUUGCAAAUCUACCUACAGAAUUUGGUGUGAAUUACCAAGUGUUUCAAAAUGUGUCUCCGAAUGAGGAAAUGUUGUUUCUGCCUGGAUACCAGAAAUGGAACGAUUCUCACCGCCGUGGCGUGCAUUGCCGCUUCUCUCUUCACUUUUGCAUUCAUCAUCCUGGGUCUCGUCUACUGGGACCAAUUCUCGCUACGAGUGCACAAAGCUUACCAGGAGAUUGGCCUUGCAGAGGAUACAAUUGACACGUGCAUAAAAAUUCUUUGGUGGGGAAACAUAUUUACUCUGCUCACCAUCAUUCUGUAUAUCAUUCUCAGCAUUAUGCUCAUAAUUGGUGCAAGUCGGGAAGAGUUCAAGCACAUGAUCCCCUGGAUUUCGGCUUCGUUUCUUCUACUCCCCUUCGUCACGUUUAGUUUCUUGUUGCAGUUAAUUUUCGGAAUAAUUGGGGGUGGAGUAAGCGCAGUUCUCGUUCCAGCAAUCGUUGUCCUCAUUUGGUGCGUAUUUUGGUGGUAUGGCUUCUUCUGCGUGGUUUCUCAUUAUCGAAUGUUGAAGGGAGACAUUCACAGACCGGUGGCAACUCUCUUUCGCCGGGACGACUAUUAAGAAAGUUUCACCCCUGACAUUUACCACUCUGCAAGAAAUACUGCCACUAAAAAUCUAAUCAAUUGUUACCCCUCAUUGUUAGAAGUAGUUUGACUUUGUUAAAACAUGGAGGCGUCUGGAGUACUCUAACUUAAUUGACUGGUAAGCUGUACUGUAGCCCCUUCCUUUGUGUCAGGGAGCUAAAUCAAUUAUUAACACAUUUUAUAGUUACAUUAAGAUAUUCAUUGUUAUUUAAGGAUUAACUUAACUUAUAUUUUACAUUUGAACUACCGAAAAUCGUGUCUCAUUAAUAUUAAUUGGUGGUUAACAAGUUUACAUGUUUAAAUGUUUUGUCUUAAUUUAGCAUGCAUUAGUUAUAUGCAUACGAAUUCUAUUAGGAUUUCAUGGUUUUUAUCCGUAUAAAAUUAUACACUAUGACAUGCAAAUAACAGGCUAUUCACUUAUACAUAUGUACAUACUUAAGUACAUAAGCUAUGCCAUAAGCGUCAUAUGCUACACUCUACCUCUCUCCACUCUCCAACAUGAUCAUUCUAUACGUCUUAAACUUGAGUAAUAAAUUUUUGAACAUACCAAA